GGCUUGGAACAACCUACCUGCCAAGGGCCUUGAAAAACUUUGAGCAAGUGGACUGAGGAGAACUGCUGCUGUUUUAAAGGCAAAGGGUGGUCACAGCAAACACUGAUUUGAUCUAGUUUUUUUGUUUGUUUUUGUUUACUGCACUUUGUAAGAAGUUUAUUGAUAAAAUACAAACUAGUCACGGAAUUAUUUUUCGAAAACCCUUCACUUUUAGCGCCUGAAACUUUUGCCCAAUGCCGUAUAUGCGACAAACUUUUUGCAGCACUACCCCUGGAGUGGCCCGCGACGCUACCGAACUCCAUUGAAAACUCUUAACGGUUUACUGUUGUUUCACUUAUUGGUGACAGUCAGCAUUUUCAAAGUGUACACAUCAACUUAAUUCAGAAUUUACGAGGUGAUCUGGUAAAUUCGGCGAACACGUGAUGUUAGAUAAAUGGUGGAAGAACAAGUAAAAUAGAAGUUUAAGGGUCAUCAUUUUUGCAGAAAUUCAGCCAAACAUGAUGUGAACGGCAAUAGGACUGUUCCACCUUUUCCAGAGGGGACAGAGAUGGCCAUGUUUGGUAUGGGCUGUUUCUGGGGAGCAGAGAGGAAGUUUUGGAGGCAAAAAGGGGUUUAUUCCACCCAAGUGGGCUACGCUGGGGGAUACACACCUAACCCCACCUACAAGGAAGUCUGCACAGGUAGGACAGGCCACACGGAGGUUGUGAGAGUUGUCUUCCAUCCAGACCAGACCAGCUUCCCCAACCUGCUAAAAGUGUUCUGGGAAAGCCACGACCCAACUCAAGGGAUGCGUCAGGGUAACGAUAUCGGGACGACGUACCGCUCUGCCAUCUACACCUACACAAAGCAGCAGCUCGAGGAAGCUUUGGCCUCCAAAGAUCAGUACCAGAAGGUGCUAACGGAGGAGGGUUUUGGUCCGAUCACAACAGAAAUAGCUGAAGCCAAGCCAUUCUAUUACGCUGAGGAUUACCACCAGCAGUACCUGAGCAAAAACCCCGACGGAUACUGCGGCCUGGGGGGGACAGGAGUCUCCUGCCCGAUAGGAAUCAAGACGAAGGCUUAGAUAGUCGAGAACCUUCUCUAACCUGGGGAGUAAGGCUGCGACGGUGGAGGGAUUUUAAAGAUUUAAACAGAAAGCUUUGGGUUUUAAAUAAUAAUUGUAGCAGGGUUUUGUGCUUUUUGUAAUGCAUUAAGGUACACCGGUGUGAUCUUCCAAUUGCCUCAUUUCUCGGAAUUAAGACCAAAAUUCUCAUAUGAGCAACUGCUGAAUCUUCCUGAAAAUAAAUAACUUCUCAUCAGUGCACCACUGGUAUCGCUCUCUCUGACUAUUAAGAACUGCGAUGGCUUUAGCUCAGUUGAUGCUGCGGGAAUGACACAAUCUUCCAGUUUUGCUUGCGAAACUGCAGUGCCCCUUUCUGCCUGAUGUGGACUGUGUUGUAAAAGUGAUGCAACACGUCACAUCCUGCGCAGAUGUAGUACAGUUUCGCGUCUUAGGAUAUAUGAAAUUGUGUAUGACCCAAUGCACACCUGCGACAUAGGUGCGUUAAAUGAAGGGCAUGAAACACAGAAGAAAUGGUGAACGCCCACACAGUCUCAGCACAAAAUUUAUUUAAGAAAGCUUCAAAUCUAGUUCUGACAGACAGAGUGUUGUAGUCCACAUUUCACUGUUUUUUUUCAUUCAUGAAAGACUCUUUCAAUUUGAGCUUAAUGUUUGUUAGAUUUGUUUUAUCAGCUCUUUUGAAUUGAAGCUGCAGAUGAAAAUGUUUUUUGAGGGGGCUGCUUUGAAAAAUUGAUGCAGUUUGCUUUUUAAAACUCUGC